AUGACGCCGUUGUUUUGGCAUCAGAGAGGAACUUAUUCGCGUCGGAUGAGGUGCUCGUGCAUGGGGAGUUGGGAGAGGAGGGAGGGGCGAGCGCGUUUUAUUCUCAGUCGGACGAUGCGGGGAGGGAAGGCGAGGGGAAUAAAACGAAUGUCGGAAAGAAAAAGAAGAAUACAGGCGCUGGCGGGAAGCAGAAGGCAAAAGCAAAUUCAAAACGGAAGGCCUCGCAGGAGUCUGAGCGAGGGCGAAUAUCGAAGCCGCGUCGUCCAAAGUAGUAGCUUAGCAGAUAGUCUAACCAUACUGGGUUGGUGUCCUGGUGCGGGCCAAUAUAAUAUAUUUUAUGCGAGCACUGGGCUUUUGCAAUAUGUUGUGCGUGAUUUGUCGCUGAAUAUUUGA